ACUACCUUUAUCACCAAACUUUCUUCUUCCUAUUUCACACUUGAACCAAAAGAGAAAAAAGUAAUCCAUCUUCUCCUUGCCUAAGACGUACGUCGUUCCUUUCCCAAGACUAAAGAACUACAACCGCCCUACCUCCUCUACAACCGCUCUACCUCCUCUCCACCGUCGAUUAUCACCGUCGUUAUUUUCCUAACUCUGAUUAGUUUUAUUUACCUUUUCCAUAAUUCUUUCAUUUAAUCUCUUGAUUUCCAUCAUGGUGCGAACUAGAAGCCAAAUCGGUAACCCAACAUGACCACCGGUCACUCUCGGUGGAUGUCGUUGGCGCUUCACUGUAUCACUCACGGUGAAGGUGUCGAGCGGUUCGGAUUCACUCCUUCUGCUCGACGAGGUGGGUGUCGUACGCCACAGCCACGUGCGUGUUCUUGCACACUAGAAUUGAUCUACUUGCAUGAACCAUCUACCUCCGCCACUGCCGAGUACUCCUUAAUCGAUUUCCUUAUACUGCCACAAAACUCAACUGCGACCAGUCUAUCAAGAUCACGGCUGAACCAUGCUUCAUCAUCGGCUACCCAAACUUUCAACACAUCACAUUUGGGUUCUCACUCUCAGUCAAAGCUAGAUGUUGCUCUAUCAUUUGUCGCCUACUCGGCCACUCCCGAGCAACCCGAGAAACUUACGCGACCAAACUUAUUCAAUUCUGGAUGAAGAGAUGUUGGAAGGACACCUCGAUUUUGAUGAUGCCGAGGCAUGGCACUUGGAUAGCAUCUGUCACAGAUGAUUUCAGGUUUACAAAUAUAUCCCAUCUUGAAUCUUGAAACUUUACAAUUAAGUGGCGCUUUGUUGCACUAUUUUGAUGCAAUUGGUUGGACACCUUAUUCUCAUAUUAGAUGUGAUACAUAUUAGGAGCUGGUAUUUGAGUUUUAUGCCACUUUCUUUUCCACAGAGUUGUAUCGUUACUUUGCGAUUAAUAGGACAACACUUUAGAAUGACGUUGAAUGUUUUUAACUUUUCUAUGAGGUUCAUGACGUAUGUCAUGAACCAUGGUUAUCUAACGUCUUUACGUUAGAUUUUGAAGGAUUUCAAUACCGAUAUCACCUACACGACACUCACCGGCUUGGAGGGAGUUCAAUUCGAUUCUCGCACAACAAAGGCGUGGGACAUCCAUGACCCAACUCUCCGUUACAUUCAAUGAUUCCUAGCAUACAACUACUCUGGAUGUAAUGAUACAACGUCUUGUUUAAGUAAGGUCGAACUAUUCUUUUUGGGAUGUAUGCAAACGGGAAUGAAGGUAAAUUUUGGAUAUUGGUUUGUGUGCACCUUUGAUAAGGUUGUGUGAUCCAAUCGUCUCUUAAUUAUCGACCCUUAUAUUACGUAUCUAGCUUCUCUUUUGUUUCCAUUAAUAUUCGAUACUGUGAAUUUUACUUACGCUUUUCCUAUGGAUGCAUUAGAUUCUAGAUGCUUGGACACAAUGGACCUUCUCACCGGAAAUCAAGCUGCCCCACAUAUUGUACCUCCCGACACCAUUACGCCUCACCAUGAGCGAGUUUUCUUAAGGAGGAUCGAGUCACCACCAGCACCGGCAACAAGCGCACAACCAGAUCUGCGAGAGGAAAUGUAAGGCGUACAAAGCCACCUCGCUUCCAUGGAGAUCAAUCUCACCGAGAUCCUUUUUCCACCUUCACUUGGGCUCAUCUCGACGUAGCCGUGGCCGCGACAGUUACUAGAUUGGGGAGUAUUUCUUUUCCCUCUUUUUUUCCUUCAUUUUGAAUUUCAUUUUAAGACAAAACGAUUUAAGUGAGGGGGAGGGAUAAUGUUCAAUUUCACCUCACUUGUUGAUGGGUGGAAUUGAGUAAUUUUGAUGUUGAUAUGUUGGGAUUGUUUGUUGCCUAUUAUUUUGUU